UUUGGACUACUCCGUAUUGCAUAAUUGCGGCGAGAGAGACAAUCCUGCCGCGGCCGUAGACGAAGAGUAGUAGUGUAUCAUGUGACUCCCCACGGCCCGGCAAUCUACAAUUUCAAAGAACCAAUCCUUAAACGCUAGUGCUUGGUGCGGACGUGCAUGCGACCGCAGCGUCGUGCCGGUUUUCGGUAAAAAAUGUCCAAACCGACAGUGAAAGUGUGCUUUUAAUGAGACGACGACGAAAAAAAUCGUGUACCUGAAGUGUUCCUAAAAGAGAGACCAAAAAUGUGCAGGUUUGCGGUUGUAGCUUGUGCGCUUUUACUAGUCAGUUCCGGAGACGUCCUCAUACGGACCGCCGAUUCUUCGUUGAUCAGCGCCAGCACGGAGCUAUGCGGCAGCGACACAGAAAUAGAAUUGACCAAAUCGGGGGAGACAUCAACCAUGACGGUCACGUUGGCACCCAUCGAACACAACAGCAUCUGCAAAAUGCGCGUGACGGCGCCGUCGACGCACGUGAUUUACAUGCAGUUCGUGGAGCCCAGCCAGGAGGUGAAGCGGGCGCUCAUGCUCAACAGUUCCGGUACCGCGCACCCCCCCUGCGUGAUGAGCAUCUUUCUGCCAGAGAACACGCGCCUGCCGGUCUGGAAGGGCGACCCUUGCUCCGACAACGCCCUCACCGAGGUGGACUUGCUCACCUCCGACUUCAAAAUCGUGUGGAACCCGCCGACCGACCCGUCCUUCACUCGAGGAAGAAAAUUCGUCUUGACGGCAGUGGGACAAGGUCAGGUGUGCAAGGAAGAGGGGCAGCACACGUGCAUGAGGAUCGGGUGGGACCCCAUGAUGUGCGUGGCGGACACGCUGCUGUGCAACGGCUUCCCGAACUGCCCGAAGAGUUCCACGACGAGCGACGAAGACGAGAAGCUGUGCAAGAAGAGUUUCUUCGCGCCGACGUCGCUGGAGCAGCUGGCGGUUGAGCUGUUCAAGAAGUGGAAGCCGCCGGAUCUGGGUACUAACCUGAGCAACAAUAAGUGGCUGCACGAUAAGCUGGAACAACACGCAGCGUCGUCGACGUCCCGGGCGUUUAACAGCUGGAGGGAGUGGAGGGAAACGAGGACCGAAAGUACGACUUCCACCACCACGACGGAGAGGUCCAACGCGCCCAAGAGGCCGCCGAAAGCGACCGACUCCAUUUCGCAGGUCCUGUCGAAGUACGGGCCCUGGGGCUACCUGAUGCUCGGGAUGCUCAUCUGCGGCACAGUGCUCAUGUUCUGUGGUCUGUGGGAGUGCUGUUUCCGAAAACCAAAGACCGAUAUCGAACCCCCGGUGUCGCCCACUCAGCCGACGACGGUGCUGAUCAUCAAUCCACAGGAAGAAGUGGCUCCUAGUCCUCCCAAUUACGACGAUUUGGAUCAGCCGCCGUCGUACAGCAUUCUGUUUCCCAAUUUCAAAGUGAACCAAAAUCCUAGUGAUAGUGGACAAAGCGCGGCUCGCGCGACAGACGCUUGCGACCGAGUGCAAAACGAGAAUGACUCUAGUGAACCAACCGAGAGCGAGAGCAACUCUAGCGAUCACACGCAACAAGAGAAUACACAAAACGGCGAUGAAACGUGAGAUUUUCGUCAGCUUUAGUAAGAAAUUGUGAUAAUAAAUUCUCGACUGACUUUACUAUAUUUAAAAUGUUAUUUUUUUUUAAUAAACUUUGUCACAA